AUGUCAUCCGCCGCCGCUAAUCUCUCCCGACGUGGAGCUCUUGAAGCCAGACGUCUCCUAAACCCCAACCUCCUCAGCUCCACCUUGAGUUCUCUGCUCUGCGAUUGCGAGAACUCAAACCCUCAGCUUAAGACCGCCGUUUCAGUUUUCCGGCAAGCACUCGACUCCAACACCUCUCUCUCCUCCCCCGGGAACAAUCUCAUCGCAACUCUAGUACGCUCCAGGCACCACGAUCUCGCACUCUCCGUUUACCGCAAGAUGCUCGACACAAGCGCUUUCAUCAACUUCGUCUCCCUGAGCGGGCUCCUCGAAUGCUUCCUGCGGUUGAAUCGCAACACCAGUUUCGCGUUUGGCGUUCUCGCCGUGAUGCUGAAGCGCGGGUUUGCCUUCAACGUGUACAAUCUCAACAUUAUCUUGAAAGGUUAUUGCAAGAAUCUUGAGUUCGGUAAAGCUCUCACCUUGCUUAGAGACAUGAGGUUGAAUUCUAUAGCGCCGGAUGUUGUGAGUUAUAAUACUGUUAUAAGAGGUUUAUGCGAGGGGGGAGAGUUGGAGAAAGCUUUGGACUUGGCUAAGGAGAUGCAGUGUUGUUGGAGUUUGGUGACUUGUGGGAUUCUUGUUGAUGCUUUUUGUAAAGCUGGUAAGAUGGGAGAAGCUUUGAGGUUGUUUGAAGAGAUGAGAGUUAGUAAAGGUUUGGAAGCGGAUCUUGUUUUGUAUACUACGCUUAUCAGAGGCUUCUGUGAUUGCGGUGAGGUGGGUAGAGCUAAGGAGGUGUUUGACGAGGUUAUUGAGAAAGGGCUAUCUCCCUCUGCGAUUACUUACAACACUCUUAUUCAAGGGUUUUGCAAGUUAGGGGAGAUGAAAGAAGCUUCAGAGAUGUUUGAGUUUAUGAAGGAGCGUGGAGUGAGUCCGAAUGUUUAUACGUAUACUGGUCUGAUCGGUGGUCUUUGCGGAGUUGGUAAGACUAAGGAAGCUCUUCAGCUUUUGAACCUCAUGUUGGAGAGUGGCGAAGAGCCGAACGUGGUGACGUAUAACGUUAUUCUCACCAAGCUCUGCAAGGACGGCCUUGUGGGGGAGGCUUUAGAGGUUGUUGAAGUGAUGAAGAAGAGGGGUACAAGACCUGAUAUCAUAGCGUACAAUAUUUUACUGGGUGGACUCUGUGGUAAAGGUGACUUAGACGAAGCUAGCAAGCUUCUGUGUUUACUGGUGAAUGAUAGGAGCUAUCCGGAUCCUGAUGUUAGAUCGUUUAACGCGCUAAUCCACGGGCUGUGCGAGGAAAACAAUCUCCCUGAAGCUUUGGAGUUUUAUGAUUUGCUGGUUGAGAGAUUGGGUGCUGCAGAUAUAGUGACUACUAACAUAAUGCUUAAAGCUACUCUCAAGUCUGGAGAUGUGAAGAAGGCAAUGGAGCUUUGGAAACAGAUCCCUAUUCCAAACUCAGAUAUGUAUUCUACUUUGAUUGAUGGAUUCUGCAAAACCGGCAUGCUUAAUGUUGCUAAAGGACUGUUCUGUAAAAUGAGAGGGUCUAAGCUACGUCCCAGUGUUUACGACUGGAACUGUCUGUUGUCAUCAUUAUGCAAAGAGGGAAGCUUGGACCAGGCAUGGAGAUUAUUUGAGGAAAUGCAGCGUGAUGAUGACAGCUUACCAGACGUUGUUUCUUUCAAUAUUAUGAUUGAUGGAAGUCUUAGAGCAGGGGAUGUUGAAUCUGCAGAGUCACUUCUAGUUGAGAUGUCUCAAGCUGGUCUUUCGCCUGACUUGUUUACUUAUUCGAAACUGAUAAACAGGUUCUUGAAACUCGGAUAUUUAGAGGAGGCGAUCGGUUACUUUGACAAAAUGGUUGAGAGCGGCUUUGAGCCUGACGCUCAUAUUUGCGAUUCUGUGUUGAAGUAUUGUAUUUCACAGGGGGAUUCAGAUAAGUUGAAGGAAGUUCUCGAAAAACUGGUGGAGAAAGAUAUCGUACUUGACAAGGAGCUGACGUGUACGGUCAUGGAAUACAUGUGUAGCAGCUCAGCAAACAUGGAUCCUGUAAAGCGGUUGCUAAGAGUAGCAAAUGAUAAAGAGAAAAGGGAUUAA